AUGCCCAACGACAACGACUACAUCCUCACGCUCUCGUGCCCCGACAAGCCGGGCAUCGUCCACGCCGUGACGGCCGUCUUCGCCGGCCACGGGCACAACGUGCUCGACCUCCAGCAGUUCAGCGACCCCGCGUCGCGGCGCUUCUUCAUGCGCGUGCACUUUGGGCCCAAGGCCGGCGCCGUCACGGCCGAGCACCUCGCGCGGCCGUUUGACGAGCUGGCCGCCGCGUACGAGAUGGCCUACGACAUCCGCCCCGUGGCGCAGAAGAUGAAGGUGCUCAUCAUGGUGUCCAAGAUUGGGCACUGCCUCAACGACCUGCUGUUUCGCAUGAAGACGGGGCAGCUGAAGAUGGAGGUGCCCGUCAUCGUCUCCAACCACGCCGACUACGAGCCCCUCGCCGCCUCGUACGGCAUCGAGUUCCACCACCUCCCCGUCACAAAGGACACCAAGGCGCAGCAGGAGGCGCGGGUGCUCGACCUCGUGAGGCGGCACGGCAUCGAGCUCGUCGUGCUCGCGCGCUACAUGCAGGUGCUCUCGCCGACGCUCUGCGAGGCCAUGUCGGGUCGCAUCAUCAACAUCCACCACAGCUUCCUGCCGUCCUUCAAGGGCGCCAAGCCGUACCACCAGGCGUACGAGCGCGGCGUCAAGAUCAUCGGCGCCACGGCGCACUUUGUCACGGCCGACCUGGACGAGGGCCCCAUCAUUGAGCAGCGCGUCGCGCGCGUCGACCACAGCAUGGGGCCGCAGGAGCUGGUGGAGGAGGGGUCCAAUGUCGAGAGCCAGGUGCUGGCCGCGGCGGUGCGGUGGUACGCGGACCGGAGGGUGUUUCUGAACGGCUCCAAGACGGUGGUGUUUGGGUGA